AAUACGCAUUCUCCUUUUUUUUUCCCUCCAAAUCCCAUCGUUUCACUCUCCUAAAACUCACUCCCAUCUCCAAACCCUACUCUCCUUUUCUUCACCGCAAAGAAUGGCUCCACCAGCCAAAACAACACCCAAACCUUCCAAACCAAACCACAUUCACCCUCUCACUCCCUCUCAAUCCACCGAAUCUCCUCCCAUCUCCUCCUCCGCCCCGCCGCGAAGACGCAGUCUCCGCCUCGCCGGUAUUUCCAUCUCCGAACCUUCCCAAUCCCCAGCCGAUUCAACCCCCAAACCCUCCGCUAGGGUUUCCAAAUCAAAAACUCCAACCGCUUCGGAAUCCCAACCUAAUCAAACCGGCACGAGUUCCGUUAACUUGCGAUCAGGAACAAAAUCUCUCAAACGCGGAAUCGCCAUCGCAAACGAAGAUAAAGACGAUUCUGAAAAUAACGCUACAAAAAAGAACAAAAUAUACGAUGAAGGUGAAUCGAGUAACAGAGGAAUACUUACAGAAGAAGAGAAAGGGAAGGAAACUGUUGUUAUUGAUGAAAAUGAUGAAAGCAGCGAUGAAGAUGAUGACAGCAGCGAUGAAGAAUCUGAAAUAGAGAACACUACUGAAGAGAAAAAUGAUGAAUCGAAUGUUUUAGAACAAUCUAGAAACCCUAUGAAUAACUCCAGAGAGGCACGAGGUUAUAGAAGGAACUUAAGGAACUUGGAACGAUUCCGUAACAUAGCGAGAGAGAACGCGUCUCGUUUUGCUCUUUUCGCUGAUGACGAAGACAAUGUCAAUGAUUUAUCUCCGGAGAAUGAGCAGGAGAGGAAUGAGAUUGAGAUUGAAGAUUGGCCUGGUCCUUUUUCGACUGCUAUGAAAAUCAUUAGGGAUAGAGAGAAGAAAGGGAAUCAGUUUCAAGCGGGGUCUGCUUCUAUACAGAAGGAUUUGAUUGAUUCGAUAAAGUGGACUUCGAAAAGGAUUGGGGGGAAGUUAGAAGGAAAGGUUUCUGUUCCUUCGUUGCAGGAACUUUGCAUUCGGAUUCUUGCUAAGAAUGUUGAUGCGAUUGUUUCACUUGAGAGUGUGCCUGAUGAUUUGAGGCAUAGGCUUAGUCAGUUGCUGUGUGAUUCGCGAAGGAUUAACGAUCACUUUUUUGGACUUCUUGUUGGUGGAGCUCCCACGGAGAUUCGGCUCAGAAAUUGCUCGUGGCUGUCUGAGGAUCAUUUUACCAAGUGCUUUCAAGCAAGUGAUACUUCUAAUUUGGUGGUACUGCAACUUGAUCUGUGUGGGCGGUGUUUGCCGGAUUAUGUGGUAGUUGCCACUUUAGCACGGUCCCCAAAGCAGCUGCCUAAUUUAACUAGUCUAUCUCUCAGAGGUGCCUGCCGACUCUCAGAUGGGGGAUUGCGCACACUUGUUUCUUCUACUCCAACACUUAGAUCAAUAAAUCUUAGCAUGUGCUCCCUUCUCACUUCUGCUAGUCUUUAUUUUUUGGCUGAAACAUUAAAAUCUCUUUUGAAAGAGUUGUACCUUGAUCAUUGCAUUGGCAUUGAUGCUGCACUAAUUGUGCCAGCACUGGUGGAGUUUGAACAUUUAGAAGUGUUGUCACUGGCUGGCAUUCCAACUGUUUGCGAUACAUUCGUCAAGGAUUACAUUGUUGCACGUGGUCACAACAUGAAAGAGCUAAUUCUGAAGGACUGCAUAAACUUGACCGAUGCAUCAAUAAAAGUCAUUGCUGAAUACUGUCCUGGAAUAUGUGAGCUGGAUUUAUCGAAUGUGUGCAAAUUGACAGAUGUGUCCAUGGGGUAUCUUACAAAUGGUUGUCGUGCACUUCAUACAUUGAAGCUUUGCCGUAACUCAUUCAGUGAUGAAGCAGUUGCUGCAUUUGUGGAGACUAAUGGAGAGUCUUUGAAAGAACUAUCUCUUAAUAACGUCAAAAAGGUUGGCUACCACACAACCUUAUCACUUGCAAGCCAUGCAAAAAAACUGCAUAGUCUAGAUUUAUCUUGGUGCCGAAAUUUGACUGACAACGCUUUAGGUUUGAUAGCGGACAGUUGCACGGCGCUAAGAUUACUCAAACUUUUUGGAUGUACUCAGGUAACAGAUGUUUUUCUGAAGGGGCACUCAAACUCUCAGAUGCAGAUAAUUGGUAUAAAAAUGACUUCUGUUUUGCAGCAUGUCAAAGUGCCGGAUCCUCAUCGAGCCGCACUGAAUUAUUCAUCAGUCUCUGUAGAUUUGGCCGCGUAGAUUUUGCAUAUAAUUAAUUAUACAAUCACGUGAUAUUUAUACUAGUUACAGUGGCGUAUAUUUCCUAUGCCAGUCAAAAACAUUUUGCUGACAUUCCUCAACUUGGGAGAGGAUUUUACUUUUGAAUUUUGACAUCUGAUAGUGAAGUUUUGUCUAUUAGAGUGACAGUGAACUGUCCUUUUUUGGCUAGCAUUUAAAUGUUAUCAAACCAAAUGUACAAACCUGACUAUUUUACUGCUCUUUGGUUACCGAGUAGCACAUUGAGAAAGCCCGUUACGUUUGUGUUCAAAUAUUGAUGUUGAUGGUGAAAAUGCGUGUUCAAAUAUUAACUCUGGUGGUGAUUUUACUCCAUGGAGUUCAAAUUAUCCUUUCUUAGACUUUAAAUGAAUGACAGAAUAAAUGAUAUUGUUUUUAAUUGAUAUUACAAACUUUUCUUGUAAUGGUACACAAUUAUAUUACAUUUCUUAACUUGUAUUAACAUGUGUUUGAAAUAUUUCAACCACCCUUGUAUUUUAAAAUGGAUGG